AUGAAGUUCGGCAGGACACUCCCGCAGUACCAAAUCCCGGAAUGGUCAUCGUCGUAUAUCAAUUAUAAAGGGUUGAAGAAGCUGAUUAAGGCCGCUGCUGCUACUGCAAAAACUGGCAGAGACCCCGACCUCGCGGAGUUUUUCUUCUCCCUGGAUCGCAAUCUCGAAGAUGUGGACGAAUUUUACAAUAAGAAGUUUGGGGAUGCCUCGCGACGAUUGAAGCUACUUGAAGAUCGAUAUGGCACAUCAAAACAAGCUCUGGAGGCUUUGGAUCGCAAUGAAAUUGACGAGCUCAUGGGAGCUCUGCUGGAGCUACGAAGCCAGCUGAGGAAGCUACAAUGGUUUGGCGAAGUGAACAGGAAAGGCUUUGUUAAGAUUACAAAGAAACUGGACAAGAAAGUUCCGAACGUUUGCACACAGCAGCGAUACCUUGCUUCGAAGGUAUUCCUCACGCCUUUCGCAACAAGUACAUCCCUCGUUGCAGCGCUGAAGGACCUCAACGAUUGGCUUUCAAACUUGGGGAACACAAGGAAUAAAGACGAUGCUCCGUCCGUUCAUUCGGCCCACUCCGUCAAAAGAGUGUCCUCGAGAUCCAUUCUGAAUUUGCCAAAUGGUCUUCUAGAUACCGUGGACCAAGCUAUCAGGAAUGACGAUGUUCCGAUAUUGAAAGAGACUUUGGCAGAGGUCGAAUUCGAAUCAAGUGACCCAGGAAUGCAGCAACUCUUUAUCAAUCUGUUGCAGCGGUCAAUUUCAUGCAGAUCCAAUAAGUCGAUUGGUUACCUUCUCAAGGAUAUCAAAUCUCUGGACGAAGCAGACGAUAUCAACCAUCGUAAUUGCCUCCACCGCCUCGUCAUAUCUAUUGGACGUUCAAAAUCGGCGAAGAUGGGAGUUUCAACCAUUGAUAUCGUCGCGUCUAUGAGUUCUGAUGAACUGCGUUAUCUCACCCCGGCAGAAUCCCCCCCUCUUGGGCCGGGCCGGAGCAGCCUGAAGGAGUCCAGUCUCCUGAGUCUAGCCGAUGAAUCUGUGCAGCUUUUGGCUUAUGUCCUGGAACAGUUGGAGCCGCAACAACGUCCUGCUUUGAAUAGUGAAGACUCGUAUGGACGUUUGCCUCUCCAUUACGCUGCUCAAUUUGGGUUCGUGGUAAUUUGUGAGCUGGUCAUGAAGUACAUGCAAGAUUGGGGCCAAUUUAAUGUGGAGAACGGCAUCGAUGCACCGGAGUGGCAAGAUAACGAAGGUCUUGCACCUUUGCAUCUGAGUGUGAUUGGAGGUCAUCCGUUGACAACACAGGCUCUCCUGACUGGGGAAAACUGGAAAGGGCGCAGUGACAAUAAAGCGGCUAUGAGAAGAGAUAUCUCAAAGUCUAGCGCAGUCCUCGCACUUGCGACAAAGUCGAAUUUCACUCAGAUUGUCAAGUUGCUUGUGGAUGCUGGAGUCGAUAUCAAUUGGCAGGACGAGAUAGGAGAUUCUGCGCUACAUAUUGCUGCUCGCUUCGGAAACGAAGAUUGCGCGAAGACUCUCCUGGAAGGUACCAAAGAUCAGAGAGCUGACUUGGAACUCACGGAAAAGACAUUUUCUUGGACACCAUUGCACGUUGCCUGUGUAGAUGGGCACCUCUCCAUUGUUGACUUACUUGUUGCUGCUGGAGCGGAUAUCAACAAGCCUGACGCUUCGGGUUGGACAGCUAGAGAGCAUGCUGCUUUGAGAGGGCACAUGGAUAUUGCCAAGGUUUUAGAAGUGGCAGCCGUGGAGAGUUCUAGCUCUGCCUCUGGAUCUGAAGACUCCGGAAGCACGGCUGCAUCAUCUCCACCAGUCAUGUCCUCAAUGGAAGCAUCUCGCUCGCAGAUGCCAACUCGAACCACCGAACCGGUCAAAACCUUUGGGCACCGAUAUCUUACCAACGAAAGCAUGGUCCUUGUCAGUCUCGGGUCAAUGGACAUGAGGAAGGCCGUUCCAGCUGUUAAACUGGAUAGAAUUCCAAUCGCAGAAGCACACUCUACCCAACUUGAUACAGCGCUGUCUGUUAUUGUGAGUGCCAAAGGUGCUCAAGGAGAGCCAACCAUAAUCGAUCUCCCAGUACAGGAUAACAUAUCCACCGAGCCGAUGGUCUUCACUACCGCGGAUGUUUCGAAAGUGAAGCUUUACUUCGACAUCGUUCCCACAUAUUCUGGUAGUGACGAGCAUAAAGUCGGGCGCGGCGUGGCGAUUCUUUCCACGAUAAAGCAGGCGAUUGGCUUGAAAAGGAUGAACCUACAAGGCGAUGUUAGUGUUCCGAUAAUGAGCACGGAUCUCGAGGUCAUUGGUGUUGUCAAUUUCAACUUUCUUGUUAUCACUCCAUUUUCUCACCCGAACAUGGGAAUUUCAACUGAACACACGUACUGGAGAAAGAUGACCUCAACAAUGUUAAUCGGGCAUAGAGGAUUGGGGAAGAAUGCGACCUCCAACAAAUCCCUCCAACUUGGCGAAAAUACAUUGCAAUCAUUCAUUGCUGCGGCCAACCUCGGUGCCAACUAUGUCGAGUUUGAUGUCCAACUCACUAAAGAUCAUGUUCCGGUCAUAUAUCACGAUUUCCUGGUCAGCGAGACCGGGAUUGAUGCACCUGUGCAUACUCUGACCUUAGAGCAAUUUCUUCACGUCAACGAUUCUACUCCACGUGCCUCACGACCUCCUUCCCCACCAAGAGAUCCAAAGCUCAAUGUUGUUCGAGGGAUGGAUCGUCAGCGGUCACUCUCUCUUGGCCACGAACUUCCCGACUACGACAUGGCAGAGAGGAUGAAACAUACUCGCGACUUCAAGGCAAAGGGAUUUAAGGCAAACUCGCGAGGAAAUUUCAUCCAAGCCCCCUUUACGACCUUAGAGGAAAUGUUUCUCAAGAUCCCAGAGAAUGUUGGCUUCAACAUCGAGAUGAAAUAUCCUAUGUUGCACGAGACAGAAGAGCAAGAAAUGGACAGCACCGCCGUCGAACUCAACAACUUUGUGGAUACGGUUCUCACAAAGGUAUAUGAGUUGGGCAAGGAGCGAAAGAUCAUUUUCAGCAGUUUUAAUCCGGACAUAUGCCUGCUGUUAAGUUUCAAGCAGCCCAGCAUUCCGGUUCUGUUCUUGACAGAUGGAGGCAUAUGUCCAGUUGGCGACAUUCGAGCCAGUAGUUUACAAGAGGCUAUUCGCUUUGCAAGUCGCUGGAAUCUCCUGGGCAUAGUUAGCUCGGCUGAGCCCUUCUGCAAUAGCCCGAGGUUGGUAAGGGUGGUAAAGGAAAAUGGCUUGGUGUGUGUCAGCUACGGGUCACUGAACAACAAUCCCGAAAAAGUACAGCAACAAGUACAAGAAGGCAUCGAUGCGGUUAUUGUAGACAGCGUCCUCAAGAUUCGAAAUGGUUUGACAAAAAAUGCCAAGGCUACAGCAGCGUCUAUGGAAGCAAGUCAACAGGUUAAUGGAGUUAAUGGCGUGAAUGAGACCGCUGUCGUUUAG